AUGGACUGCUCGUAUCGUCAUUCUUUUGAGCCCUCCUCUUCCUCGCAUAGCCAAGAAGCUUACUCGACGAAUUCGUCUUCUUUUCAGUCCUGUGAUGAUGGCAAAGCCAUUGAAUUCACCGAAUUCGCGACAAUCACUUUACGAUUAACUGAUUCUCCAUCUAGCUCCGAAGUUUCUCCCUCGUUAGAGGCUCCCAUGGAAGAAAGACAGAACGGAACUUAUCCAGAUACUAGCCCAAUCCUCGCCAGGUUCCCUCAGAGAGUUGCAGAGCGGGACCAGAGCGCAGAAACAAGAAACAAACAAUGCCCUCUCCGGCGGACAGUCUUUCCUCACCCAACCACACCAGACAGGUUCAUCCCGAAGCGAGGAUUUGAUUUCCAUUCAACAGCCUCGUACCAUAUGAACAAGAGCCCAUGUCAACUCUCACCCCAAGAGAAAGCCACGAGAAAAAGGCUCUUUUGGGAGGAUCCUUUUGAUUCUCCGUCUCGUCGGAAUGCCGAGUCUUCUACGCCUAGUCCAACCCAGCCCUGGGGCCACCAUUCCCCCCCACCCCGUCGUCGGCCUCGCCUUGUGGCUGAUGCUGUCAUACUGAGUCGUCCGCUGGCUUCAGAUGCCGCAAGACGAGUCAGUGCGGGCGGUGUCUGGAAUGUUGGGGGGCCUUCUGCGUCAGUUGGUCAAUCCGCCGCAAUUGACGUGGUUCCAAGACCACAUGUCUCUCGGAGGAGCCCAGUAUUCACAUCUUUCAAAGCACAAUUUCUGCCUCAUGUCAGCCCACAUGAUGACGCGACUCGGCAUGAAGCGAGACUUGCACUCGCUCUGGACGUCGAUCAAACUACAAGGCUUCUAGAGACGCGUGCGAUAUCUCAUGAAAACUCGCCUAGUCCUACCUCACCAGACUACGAGCGGUAUUCAUCCAUCGUCUGGAAAGAUAGUGCCUGGAAGAAAAAUGAGAGAAGUCACUGGUCACCAAAGUCUGCAAGACCCGCAGAGGUCGUGCCAGCUCAACCCUUCCGACUCCUUGAGGCACCUGGGCUUCGUGACGAUUACUAUUGCUCACCACUGGCCUACUGCUACACUCUAGGGGUAUUGGCUGUUGCCCUUGGACAUCAAGUUUACGUAUGGGCUGAAGAAGAACUGGGUCUGCCUUCUCCUCCCUUUGGAGACAUCCAUCCGUCGAACUAUGUGAGGAGUCUUUCCUUCUCCUCUCAAGAUGGACAAAAGAGUAUUCUUGCGAUAGGACGUCAGCGUGGUCAUUUAUCUCUUUGGAGCGCUCGUGAAACUACUGUGAGAUUCGAGAUCGGCCACCCUAACGCAGUCACUUGCGUGUCUUUCAAGCCUAAGAGCGCUCGCAGGCCUUCGGAGAGAUUCCCCGACGAGAUUGUGAGUGUUGAGGAACUGGUCGUCGGUGAUGAAAUGGGAGUCAUCUGGCUCUACUCUGUUGAAUGGCCAGAGAUUCACGAGGAACAGAGUUGGACGGGUUCAAUGACGUUGCUUGCGAAGAUUCAUGCGCACACUCAGCAGGUAUGCGGAAUGGCGUGGUCUCCAGAGAGCCAGUUCCUUGCUACUGGAGCCAAUGACAAUGCCUGUCUUCUCUUUGAGCUAAAUAAAGUUGUUGGGUCCGCAUUCAAAGACACAGAUGACCUACUCACCCCACCAGCGGUUCCAGCACAAGGCCGAAGCUCGUCUCGAGCAAAGGCAGCUUUGCGGCCUCCCAUGCCCGCCCCUCUUCUCAAUUAUCGGGGCACUUUGAUCUCGGGGAAAGGGCGCUCUGUUUUGGUCCCGGCGGGUCAGGAAAAGUAUUGCUUUCUUCAUUCAGCGGCUGUCAAGGCCAUCGCAUUUGCUCCCUGGCAGCCGUCACUUGUAGCCACUGGGGGAGGAAGCCAUGACCGGGCCAUUCAUUUCUGGCAUACCCGCACAGGGACGUGUCUGGCGACAAUUGAUGUUCUAGCGCAAGUCACCAGUCUCAUCUGGAGUACAACCCGCCGUGAGAUUGCCGCAACCUUUGGCUAUGCUACGCCUGAUCACCCCAUCCGCAUCGCGGUAUUUGCAUGGCCUAGUUGCGCUCAAAUAUCCGCCAUUCCGCAGCCGAUUGAUCAGAUCCAUGACGAGAUUCAUCCGUCCCCAAACUACCGAUGCAUUCGCGCACUUUGGGCAAUCAGUUAUCCUGGUUGGGUACCACGACUGGAUAUAGAUGUGCCAAAGAUGACCCCACCACCUGCGUCACGAUCACCUAGCCCGUCGCCGAUUGCACUUCAUACCCUGCAGAAUGAGGACGGGCCUGGCCAGACACGUACAAGAAGUAAUUCACGAUCAACGCAGCCCAGGGCAAAAGAGGGUGGGACAUGGUGCUCGCGCACCGUUGAAGAGGGUUGUAUUGUUGUUGCUUGCAGCGACCAGAGGAUCAAAUUUCAUGAAAUCUGGACAAACCGUCGUCUGAGCUUUGGAAUGCUACCCUCUGGUAACCUGGGCGGCAGUGAUAUUCUGGAGGGGAUUGAGGGCAUUGAGACUUCUGCCAGUGAAAUCAUCCGGUAA